AUGGCCAGCUUGUGGGUCCAAGAUCUGCUGCGCCGAAAAACGAGAGAUGCAAGAUUACCAUUACCUAGUAUCAAUCCGAAAUUUGAAAAUUUAAUUCAAACUGAUUCUAACCGAGACCAAGAACAAGACUACGACCACGACCACGAUGAAAAUGAUCAAAUAAGAAGAAGGACUAUAAAGAAAAGUUUACCUAGUAGAUUGAUUGUUUAUAAAAUCGUUAAGUCUAAAUACCAUUCAACUGGUCCUUUAACUUCAUCUAAUCACGAUGGUCAUGAAGAAUUCGUUAAAUCUAAAAAUCAUCAUAGAAAUCAAUCAGAUAGUCUUUCACAAGGAUUUAGAAUCAUGGUCUGUGGAAUGCCAAAUGUAGGAAAACCAAGUCUUUUAAACGCUUUAACACGUGUAGGAUGUCAAGAAGAAGCACCUAUGCCAGGUUAUACAAGAUCAAUAGGAGGUAUAGUCAAGAUACUCGAACCUUUUUUAAAACGUCAUGGAAAAUCAGUUUAUAUGAUCGAUACACCAGGUAUCAUGCCAAUCUAUUUAGGUCAAGGUGAUGAAGCUUCUGCUAGAGCUUUUGAAAUUCCAAUCACAGACUCGCUUAAAGUAAAUCAAAAACAAGACGUCUCGAAGACGAGACUGGCUGCCAGCUCGUGUCAACCCAGUGGUGUAGCAUUAAUUGUUAGAAGUUGGAACGGCUGUAUCGAUCAAUUUAUCUGGUGUAUCUUUCAAGCAAGGCGAAGAUACACUCCACAGAGCUUGAUCAGUAUAUCUUAUCAAAUCACAAUCCAACUCAAAGAGAUAUUGAUUCUUCUCAUUCAUGCUCGACUUACUGUCAUGGCAUCUCACAACAUCGAAACAAUGGGAAUCCAACAAGGCCAAAUGAAAUUGAAAAAGAGUGAUCUGCAUAUGAUCAUUAAAACCAAUGUGUUUGUCACAAGCAUCCUAUGGCAUCACAAAAUUACAUAA